CAUAAGACUUGGCCAGAGGAAAAAUCGAUAAUCUUCUCUCGUCUUUUUCAAUCAACUCAUUGACGCAGGGAUGCCUUUCGUUGCGAAUGUUAGUGAACAUAAUGUUUUUGAUUUUGUUUUAUCGUUGGGGUUUUGUUUUAUCUAAAUUAUUUUGUAUUUUUGUGUUGUGUUAUUCAAUAAAUGAGUUAUGAAAACUAACUAAAUAAUCUUUAUAAAGAAACUUAUUUGGCAUUAUGUUUCCCACAAAAGCUUCGAAUUAUAUAUCCGAGGAUUAAUAUUUGCACAGCGGUUGUUGAAAACAGUGCCGCUGUGCAUAUGGUAGAAUGUGUUUAUGUUGUUGGAAAGAUUCCACCGUUCAAUACCUACUGUGUCACGUAUUGGUUCAAAACAACUUUCGCCAUGAUGCAACCUGAUAUCUCAACAUAUCAUUGUGCGAUAUGUUUACUCAAGCAAAACCCUCUGGACACCUUGAACGGAACAACGAUAGCCAGAAUAAUAGCUCAAGGUCGACCCACACCUGCGCUUCCGGGUCUGUCAAAGGAAUGUCGUUACAAGGGAAAAGCGUUCACAAGACGGUUCAAAAAGGAUAACUAUUUCCGGUACAACUGGCUUGCUGGUUGUGGAAUUGAGAACAAGCUAUUCUGCUGGCCCUGUUACAUCUUUUCGAAUGAUCCAACGGAUACCUGGGGGUUCAAGGGUUUCGACGGACUAAGUAAUUUCAGCAAUUCGGUCAAAACUCAUCUCAACCAGGAAUUACAUAUUCUGAACAUAGAGAAAUACAACGUAUAUGCAUCAGCUGAACAAAAGAUUUGGCCCUUGAGAUUACCAAUGCCUUCCUUUGCAACCUUCCGGAAUAAAAUAGACAUUCCACCUGACAUUCCGAUGGUAGCUCAGGAUCAUCGUUAUCCUGAGGAAGUGAACGAAGAAGAUGAUAAUGACGAUGAUGAUGUAGAAGUGAUCCGACAUUCCGAUGUGAUGGUUGAACUUUUGGAUGAUGAAGAAGUCCAGAACGCAGAAUGCAGUGCAAGAGACACAGAUUCACAGGCCACAGGAUCUGGUGCGGAAAAGUAUCAACUGAAAUGGCACUCGCAUCAACAGAAUCUCAAUUCUUCAAUAUCCUAUCUAUACAAAAAUGAUCGGUAUGCAGACGUAACGUUAAUAACAUGCAAUAAUGAAGAAAACUUUGCAAUACCAGCACACAAGUUGGUUUUGGGAACUUCCAGUACAUAUUUUGCCAACAUUUUCGAUAGAAGCUCUGUUCCUGCAAAUGCGAUGAUGUAUAUUGUACUUCCUCCGGAACUAACCAAACGUGCUAUUCAAACAUUGGUGCAGUAUAUGUACACCGGAGAGUCUACGGUGUCCGUAGACAUUCUCAACGAAGUACUACGGGGAGGUGAAAUUCUGAAGAUUCGGGGUCUUUGGCGGAAUCAAGCCGAAUCAACGUCAAACGGUGAUCAACAGGCAUCGAAAGAGUGUCCUGCGUCUCGCCAUCGACCGGAACGUAUCUCCGUCGAUCGUAUUCCUCUACAAGAGCCACGUGUUGCGCAAAAUCCAGUAACUGUACACGAUAGCCCAGUCAUAGUCACUAAUAUGGCUAAAAGUCAAACUGCUCAAAUGCCCGCAAGUUCGUCUGCUCCAAUUAUCAAUGUGAACAAAAACGUUGCCAUUGACCCAGGUGACAGAAGCAGUAGGGUUCAAAACCCACAAACGCUUCGUCUGCCUAGUUCUACCAAAAUUUCAGUCGUUAAACCAUCUGCAUCUAAUACAGAAACUGUAUACAAAACUAGCACUGAACCACAGACGAUGCCGGAAGAAUUGAAUUUUCUUAAUGUCAAGGAGGAACCCGUCGAGUGGACAGACGCAGAGGAGAUCUCAAUAGAUAAAUCCGACAUGCCGUUGGUUAAGGUUGAAAUAAAGGAAACCGGAAUUGUCGAUGAAAACAGCCAGAAUCAGGAGCAGGUUUACUCUCCGCUAACGUGUGAGUUGUGUAGCGAAACGUUUACCGUGCCUGCCGAAUGGGUGCGGCACAUUGAAAGCCAUACCGACCCACCGCACACGGUAUCUAAACGGAGAAGGCGCAUAGUGGAUGACAACGAUUCCGACGUAACUGCAGCUCUGAAAUGCGAUUUGUGCGCCAUGUAUUUUGUGACCCCGGCGGAAUGGGUACGGCAUGUACAAAGCACUCACACCGAAACAGAACUAGCCAUUUCGAACAAUAGCAGUAUUCCGCGGCGAAGUUCCAAAUCGCAUACUUCCGAUCCCCAGCACUCGGCAACAUCGGCAGCUCAACAGCAAGAGAAAACCUGUUCCAUUUGUAAGAAAGGCUUUCCAUCCUACGCCAGCAUGCUCAUCCACAAACGGACUCACACAGGUGAACGACCAUUCUAUUGUGACAUCUGUAAUAAAGGGUUCAACGUGAAAUCCAACCUUUUGCGGCACAUGCGAACUUUGCACAACCACCAGGGCAGCCAGUCGCCUACAUCAGGUGAUAGUCACGGAUCGGAUUAAAAAUAAGACAACUCCAUAAUGCUGAACCGCAUUUCACUUCUCAACUACAAUUAAAUCUGUCUUCUCUCCAACCGGCCCAAUCCGGUCAUGAUUGUAUGCUAAUGCGCUUUAUGUAUUUACAACUAUGGCUUAGAAGUAAGCGAACUGCUAUUCAUCAAGGUAACUUACAUUUUCAUUGAGGUAAAUUGCAAGAAAGUUCCCACAGAAAUCCAACAUUUUGUAUAAACAGAGAGUAAUAAAUCCGUUCCAGAAUUUGGAGUGACAGAAAGAAGGACAUUUAAGGUUCAUUUCUUUCAGAUUAAAGUUAGUGAGGCUGAUUUUGUCAUCGGAGGAAACUAAAUACAACUUUUUUAUUUAUCAA